UGACGUUCGUUCUUUCCACCGUUUUCUCACUGAUCCUCGUGUGGAACCAGUUGACCAGGGCCAUGCUGAAUGAUAUUGGUGACUAUGUAGGUACGGAUAUUGAGAUUUCCUGGUUGCCUAAUCUGGAUGAUUUAAUGAAAGGCUAUGCCCGAAACUUUCGUCCAGGGAUAGGAGGACCUCCAGUGAACGUUGCCAUGGCUAUUGAAGUAGCCAGCAUUGACCAUAUCUCAGAAGCCAACAUGGAAUAUACAAUGACUGUGUUUCUGCGUCAGAGCUGGCGAGACGAGCGCCUUUCUUACAACCACACAAACAAGACCCUGGGGCUGGACAGCCGUUUCGUAGAUAAACUCUGGGUUCCAGACACGUUUAUUGUCAAUGCCAAAUCGGCCUGGUUCCAUGACGUCACUGUUGAGAACAAGCUCAUACGGCUACAGCCUGAUGGUGUUAUUCUCUACAGCAGCCGAAUCACAUCCACAGUAGCCUGUGACAUGGACCUAACCAAGUACCCAAUGGAUGAGCAGGAGUGCAUGCUGGAUCUUGAAAGCUAUGGCUACUCUUCAGAGGACAUCAUUUAUUACUGGUCAGACAGCCAGAAACAUAUUCACGGCCUGGACAAACUGGAGCUGUCCCAGUUCACUAUCACAGACUACCGCUUUAUCACUGAGAUGAUGAACUUUAAAUCGGCUGGACGAUUUCCUCGGCUCAGUUUGCACUUCCGGUUGAGGCGGAAUCGAGGAGUGUACAUCAUCCAGUCCUACAUGCCCUCUAUCUUGCUGGUUGCCAUGUCCUGGGUGUCUUUCUGGAUCAGCCAGUCAGCUGUGCCUGCAAGAGUAUCACUAGGAAUCACUACUGUGCUGACCAUGACGACACUGAUGGUGAGUGCCCGCUCCUCGUUGCCUCGUGCCUCUGCCAUAAAAGCCCUGGAUGUAUAUUUCUGGAUCUGCUAUGUGUUUGUGUUCGCCGCCCUGAUUGAGUAUGCCUUCGCUCACUACAAUGCCGAUUACAGCAAGAAGGAGAAAGCCAAGGUCAAAGUGAACAAGACUGCAGAGUCCAUGGUGAAAAAUGGAAAGCAGGCCAUGGUCCUCUUCUCACUGUCCGUGACUGGCAUGAAUCAAGGCCUUGUGGUCUCCAAUCGGCAGAACCGUGCCCAACACCAAGCCGAGACAUCCGUAGAGCCUCAGGAAGAGGUGGAACCGGCUAAGCAAGGGAGCAGUGAGGAGAGAAAGUGCUGCAAGUGCAAACCCAUAGAUGCUGACACAAUCGACAUAUACGCCCGUGCUGUCUUCCCUUUCACUUUCGCCGUGGUCAAUGUCAUCUACUGGGUGGCUUAUACCAUGUGACAUACAUGCUAAGUUAGCUGAAAUCUUGAGAUUUUGAAUUUUUACAUGAAGGGAUGUUCACGAUUGUCGAACUAUGAUUCAGAUUAUUGAAUCCUUAUGAUUCAACUCAGACUGCUUAGGUUUUGUGUGGCUCUGCAUCUGAUAAUGAAGAUGAGAACAUCUGGUGAGGAAGCACUUUUCCUUUCAGCAAUGUCUCAGAUGAAGGUGAGUGAAAUAUGAGAAAACGCUGCGAGGGCUGCUGAUUGUCUCGCCUCUGCAAUGUCAUAUUGCCUUGGUUUCUCUUUGUGUUACUAUUAUAAUAUUUUAGAGAUUAUUUUGUGACAUUUAAUUGCAGUUCUUUUUACCUGAAACUGGGGAUAAUUAAAUCGAACCCUAUAACAUGACUGCAUGGCUGCUGUUUUUGCUAUGAGUACAUU